AUAGUAGAUAAGAGGAAGAUUAACAACAUCGCUAAAGGAAAGCGACCCUCGCACAAGAACAGCUUUAAGACACGAAGAGUACUAGAGAAACGCGUAACUCCUAAUAUCCUGAAAGAGUACAAGGAUUUCGAGCACCUCUUUGCGGAAGUAGUAGACGACUAA